ACUGUCGUGCUGUUCUCUGUGCAUGAGAGUAUCAGCAUAGGAUACAACGUGUUCCAUUUUUAAAAACUUUAAAGCUCCAAACUUGGAAAAUGCAACGACGACGCAAUACUUGGAAUACACAACUAAUUAUUUUGUCAUUUCUUUGGGUUUUUCAUAUCAGACAAUUUUUUUUAUCAAUUUUGCUGGAAAAUUUUCCUCAAUUUUAUUUUGCAUGAUCUAACAUCCUCUCAACUACUUAAUUUUUUCCUUUUCUCCGCCCCUUUCUCUCUCUCUGGAUUUUUCACAGAGGGAGAGGGACACCAAAUUACCCACAAUUACAAUGUCCAAAUGAUCAGAUAAAAAUCAAUAUAAAUUAUUUUGGGACAGGUGAUCUUGAAUUUCAGUAUUUGAUGUAUAAUGGGCGGUUGUUAUUCUACACAUGCAAAACCCAUCAGGUCACGUAAGAAAUUGCGCUAUCUAUCCACCAAACGCCGCAGAAGAAUACCAAAUUUGGUUGCUGAUGAAAAAAAUAAGCGAAUCGAUGACGCCGGAAACUAUUUAACUGAUAUAGCUGUCAGUCAAUUUCUCCAUAUGGACAUUGGGAAGGGUGAGACGACUGCUUGCCGAAGAUCUGAGUUGUUAAAUUCAUCAAUUCUUCUGAGGCAGUGGCAUCAUGGUCAUAUUGAUACUAACGGAAUUUCUUUAGAGGAAGCAUGGUUUGAUUCAAUCAGUGUACUGGAGUCUGACUCAGAUGAUGAAUUCAGUAGUGUUCAUGGAGACAACAUUCCCAAUGUAGGCUAUGCAAAUGGAAAUCUUAGAACUGGGCAAGUUCUUCAAUAUGAGUCCACAUCAUGCUUUGUGGAUAAUGGGAGUGAUGAGUUUGUUGCUAGGAGUAAGAAGCUAUUAGAUCGAUCCUUUAAGAGCUUCAAUUAUGUAAAGGAAAAGCGUAAUUCCUUAGAGAAGACUCAAGACAACAGUGCAAUAUUGAAGGCUGGCCUCCCACACCUGCUUCCUUCUCUGAGCUUCAAUGAUCUUAACUUACUAGCUAGUUCAGGACGACAAUCUCAGAGGAGAAAAUCAACAGUAAUCAGGCUUUCCUUCAAACGUAGAUCUUGUGAAGGGGAAGAGAGCAGGGCAUUGAAACGGUUCUUAUAUCGUCCCAGAGCGGGGCUUCUAAUUCCAUGUUCUUCUGGAGAGAAACUCACAGCAGGAUGUUGGGCAGAAGUUUCUCCUUCAAAAUUCAAUCUGCGUGGCGAGAGCUUCUUUAAAGAUAAGAAGAAAUCUCCAGCUCCAGAUGUCUGUCCUUAUAAGCCAUUUGGUGCUGACUUGUUUAUUUGUCAGAGAAAGAUUAAUCACAUUGCUCAACAUCUUGAACUUCCUUCUGCUAGGAUAGAGGGGAAAGUUCCUCCAAUUCUCAUUGUUAAUAUACAGGUGCCUACAUAUCCGGCAGCCAUAUUUGGGGGUGACAGUGAUGGGGAGGGAUUGAGUCUUGUCCUGUAUUUUAAGCUCUCUGAAAGCUUUGAGAAGGAAUUUUCUCCUCACUUCCAAGAUUGCCUCAAGAGAUUCAUUGAUGAUGAGAUGGAGAAAGUAAAAGGGUUUGCCAAAGAAACUAUGGUUCCUUUUCGAGAGAGGCUGAAAAUCAUUGCUGGCUUGGUUAAUCCUGAAGAUCUUAGCUUGAGUUCUACUGAAAGAAAGCUUGUGCAGUCUUAUAACGAAAAGCCUGUUCUUUCACGCCCACAGCACAAUUUUUACAAGGGUCAGAAUUACUUUGAGAUAGACUUGGAUGUUCAUCACUUCAGUUACAUAUCGAGAAAAGGGCUUGAAUCUUUCCGAGAACGACUGAAGAAUGGUAUAAUCGAUCUUGGUUUAACAAUUCAGGCACAGAAACCAGAGGAGCUGCCAGAGCGGAUGCUUUGCUGUUUGAGAUUGAACAAGAUCGACUUCGUUGAUCGUGGCAAAAUACCAACCAUUAUGUCCGUGGAUGAUCAGUGAGGUUCAUAAGGAAAUCUCACUAGAUCUCGAAAUGUAUAGCUAGUAUUGAGUGCGAAGAUGUUCUUUUCCUGAUGGAGUAUCCUAGCAUUACUACACUGCAUAUAUUGCUUGUGAUGGUUCCAGAUUAUACUAUAAAUACUACGUGUGUAUAUAUGCUCAAAUACAGUUCACCUUGUAUUUGGCUUUCUUAUGAACUUCUCUUCAGUAA